AGUGCUCGCCAGUCCCGCCACCGUAAAACCACAGUAGAAAGUGCAAACAAACCUUUCGUUUAUCAGUUGCUCGUAAAGUUCUUUUCUCUAGCAUUGGGCUGUGAAAUAUAUAAAAAUUACUUUCAAAUUGUUAGAAACGUAAAUAUCUAUUUGCCUAAUAUACACAAUUAUAGCAUAAUUGAGAGAGAGACUGUACUUGUGUUGAGUAGUUUUAAUUGUAACCUUAUUUAACCUAAAAUUGCAAUAUACUCUUUACACACAUUAUUUAAAUUGUCUGCGAUAAUGCAGUUACAUUUACGAAUUUUACGCAACAAGAUUAAUAUUUGACAACAAGGAAGGAAAGACAGUUGCAAGUGAAGCUAUGUCGAACCAGUCAAGCUCCAAGUCGGCUCGGAAAAUCACAAAGUCUAGCGUGGGCAAGGCUAUAAAACUCAUAAUGGAACGUAACGUGGAGAGAAAAAAGAGUGGAACAAGUACGAAGGAAAUUGCAAAUAGUCUGAAAGUUGCCCAUUAUUGUAAAAGGUUCAACGGCGAUAAGAAAAGUAGAACGUCAGUGGUAGGAUUUUCAAAGAGCUUGGCACUGUUAGAGAUGCGGUCCUAUAUCGCCCGUCAAGACUGGAAACAUGCGUUAAAUUUAUUUCUUAGACUUGUCGAAUACCCUGUUGAAUUAGAGCCUUUAAUAUGGAGAUACGCAUUUAUAAUUUUAUUACAUACAAACGAUACAUCGCAUCUCCAUAGAUUCUUCGAACAAUGUAUUGGUAGUCAUUCAAAUAAUAGCGCUUUGUUAGAAAAGUUAUUGUCAUUGCCUCUAAAGGAUGAGGAUUGAUUUCGUCUUUCAAUGUAUACUUGUAAUACCGUACGUCCGUGUUAAGUCAUGUAAUAUAUAGUACAUUUGUUAGAUACAAAUCUUUGUACAAUGAUUGCAUUACAUCUGAUUAUAUUAUAUGCCGCACGAUA